GAGUUUUGGCGCGCAAUGAGAGGCGGAUCUGGGCGGCUUCUCCGUCUGAUGUUCUUUACCAUUUUGGAACCAGCGGACUCUCCGUCGCGGUCGCCACCGCCGUUACUCACCCUUUAGAAGAGAGAGAGAGAGAGAGAGAAGAAGUUGACUCUAUAGCCAACAAACAGUGAUCUUAAUUUGUGUCCAGCUUGAAUGCAGAUGUACUUAAAGUAAGAUUGCAAAUGCAACUUGUGGGGCGGAGGGGGCCUCUGAUUGGAAUGGGACAAGUAUUUCUGCAACUGUUGAAUAAUGAAGGGCCAAGGUCUUUAUAUUUGGGGUUAUCACCAGCUCUUACAAGAUCAGUUCUCUAUGGAGGUCUCCGUUUAGGUUUAUAUGAACCGUCAAAGUAUGCUUCUGAUUUGCUUUUCGGGUCUACCAAUAUCUUUGUUAAGAUUGGAGCUGGAGCAAUUUCUGGUGCAGUUGCAACCGCUCUAACCAAUCCAGUUGAAGUUCUCAAGGUGCGAUUACAAAUGAAUCCAAACUCAACCAAAGGACCAAUCAAAGAAAUGUCCAGAAUUGUUUCUGAGGAGGGACUAAAAGCUCUUUGGAAGGGUGUUGGCCCUGCUAUGGCCAGAGCAGGUGCUUUGACGGCAUCUCAGCUGGCAACAUAUGAUGAAUCUAAGCGGGUUUUAGUUAAGUGGACACCCUUACAAGAAGGAUUUCCUUUGCAUCUCAUCUCAAGUACAGUAGCGGGUGUGGUGAGUACUCUCAUGACAACGCCUAUUGACAUGAUUAAAACACGCCUUAUGUUACAACGUGAGUCUAAAAGAGCUGGAAGUUACAAGAACGGGCUACAUUGUGCAUAUCAGGUUAUGCUAACUGAAGGGCCUUUGGCACUUUACAAGGGGGGCCUAGCCAUUUUUGCAAGAUUGGGUCCACAAACCACAAUCACAUUCAUAGUCUGUGAGAAGUUACGCCAGCUUGCAGGAUUAAAUGCAAUCUAGACGUAAAUCCAACCCAUACAGUCCCAAGUGAGGAACAUUUAAUCUCCUCUUCACCCCCUCCAACCAAAAAGAAAAAAGAAAAAAAAAAAAUGAUAAAAGACAUCUCCUUUUCAUUGAAUUGCUGAUGAACCCCUCAUAUUAUUUCUAUUUACUCAAUUGUUUACCCCCCGUUGAGAAGUCCAUUUCCACCCUAUUUCUUUCUCAACCGGGAUCUUAGGUGCCCGGUCACCCCAUCGAUCAUUGGGGAGGCUCCUAUGAGCUUCAAAGAGACAAUAAGAAUCUUAAAUUACGAAGUUUUUCAUCUAGAGGUUAAACUUGAAGUCUAGGCCAACUCGAUGAGGUUUCCACAUGCACGUAUUAUUAUAUGGACCAUUUUUCCCAAUUGAAUUCCAUAUUGUUUGUAUUCUUAGGAUUAUUGUAUCCCUUGGAAAGGGUCAAAACUUAAUUCUUUAUUAGACCAUGGUUGAUUUGGUCUGCUUUUUUUUUUAGUGUAUAUCAAGUUUCCUUUCCUCUA